GGGGCGGAGGCGGAAGUGAAACAGAACCAAACUUUUCUGGUUUAUACCACGAAUGUGAUGAUAAGGUUGAACCUGCUGUUGUUAUGUUAUUCAAGUCACUAGUGGGGAGUGCCUGCACUCUCCUUGGAGCUGCUACAGCCUUCAAAGUAGCACCAGUCGAAGUCAAGGCCCAAGCAGCUGCUCUCCUUCACAGCGCAGUGAGGAAGUCUUCGCUGGUGGAACAAGCAAACAUGAAGGUUGAACUUCUCCCGGCGCUGUCUGAUAACUACAUGUACCUCCUGAUCGAUGUGGACUCCAAGGAAGCAGCUAUUGUGGACCCUGUGGAACCCAAAAAGGUCGUGGAUGCUGUCAGACAGCAUGGCGUCAGACUUACCACAGUCUUGACCACUCAUCACCACUGGGAUCAUGCUGGUGGGAAUGAGAAGAUGUUGAAGCUCAUGCCUGGACUGCGAGUCUAUGGAGGAGAUGACCGAGUCCCUUGUCUUACAAAGAAAGUUACUCAUUCCCACAAUUUUAAAGUUGGAUCACUCAAUGUCAAAUGCCUGUUCACACCAUGUCACACAACCGGUCACAUCUGCUAUUAUGUGACCAAAGAAAACAGCACCGAGCCACCGGCUGUUUUCACAGGGGACACUCUGUUUGUGGCUGGUUGUGGUAAAUUCUUCGAGGGAACAGCUGAGCAGAUGUACAGAGCCUUGAUAGAAACUCUGGGACGUCUCCCUCCUGAAACGCGUGUUUACUGUGGUCACGAGUACACGGUCAGCAACCUGAAGUUUGCACGUCAUGUGGAACCAGACAAUGAAAUCAUUAAGGAGAAGCUAGCAUGGGCAAAGGAGAAAUGCAGCAACGGAGAGCCCACCAUCCCGUCCACUGUGGCAGACGAGUUCACCUUUAACCCCUUCAUGAGAGUGAAAGAGAAAUCUGUGCAAGAACAUGUGAAGCAGACAGACGCGACUGAAACCAUGAGAAGUCUCCGGAAAGAAAAAGAUGGCUUCCGCGUGCCCAAAGACUGAUGCUCAGAAGUCCAGGGCGAUCACGCUGACUCUUACUACACCACACAUAUUAACCAUCUCCAAAUCCACUUGCAAAGGAUCCACUACAUUCAAUCUCAGUUAAUCCAAUGACACAUUCGAUCGCCACAAUCAGCUCUAACACGGCAAUAAACCUCUUCAUCAGGCUUUCAUAUGUUUUAUGUUUGUUUGAAUGAAGGUGAUAGUUUUGUGGAAUAUUUGGGCUUUUUUUUUUUUUAAAUGAAGUAAGUUUGUUUAUCUAUGAAUGGAGGUUUUAGAGUGUAUACAGGUUAAUGUUGUAAUAUAUUUAAGUCCAAACUACUAUUUGAAGGAGUAGAAACAUCAACAAGUCAGGGAGACACUCAAAGAAUGUUCAAAGAAUGUUUGAAUAUUUGUACAAUGUCUGUAAAUUGAUAAAGUAAUUUCUUUAGAGA